AGCCCGUUCUGGACCUACUUGGCAUAUAUAGUUUUUUUUCAUCGCACCUGCUAGUGGAAAAUUUCAUGUUUUUCGCUAGUCUUUGAAAAUAAUUUACGAUUGGAAGAUCGUAUUGGCUGGCGAUAAACGACCGCAGAAGAAAACAUGUGUUACGCCUACGAGAGUGAGAAACCGUAAUCAGCCGUUCCACUGCCGAUCCGCGACUGAGUUUCACUCUGCUGUCCCCGUGUGUAUUGAUUUGCUGGCAGUCGACAAGUGAACAAAGUGAACAACACACACAGAACACUUUGGUAAGGUUGUGAAAAGCAAAAGCAAGACAAAAGUAUCCCAUUCCCACCCAUCACAGGCUGUGUGGGGCAGCCCAACGGUGCAAAAAGGUCGUCGCAGCCCCGUCGUUCCCGUGUGUUGUGUGCAGCUAUGUCUAGUCAGAUUCCGCCACUGGUAUGUCAUACACCUCCACCGAUAGACUUUGACGCGGAUGACGAUGACGAUGAUUACGGUUCGGAUAUACCUGAGGACGACGUAAUUGGUAUCGAUGAGCGCAAUCGGCCCGACUGUCUGGACGAUGAUUUUGGUGAUUUCGCAACAGUGCUGCCGCCGCCCGCCGGAACCACGAAUCGCCUGGAACCGAUCCCUACCGAAGCAGCUGUGAUAGAUAAUGAGACGGAAGCUCUUACCAACAUUCCGGUGGCGGCAGCAGCAGAAACCAAAGGUAUUUUUCCACCACGCCUAGGGUCGGACAGUCCGCCGUCGUUGAUAUUGCCACCGAACGAUUACACGGAAGCAGGCGACGAGGAAACAGCUGGCAACGGUGGUGUGGUGGUAAUCGACGACGACGAGGAUAUCGAUUUUCAACCAUUCGGCAGCCCGUCACAGCCACCCGAGCCACCGCCAGAGGACAGCAUCAGCUUACCAUCGUUGCAUUUCGAUGCGGACGUGUCUAAGUCGGAGGAGGAUGAUAAUUUGCCACCUGCCCAACAGCAGCAGCAGCACCAGCACCACCACCAGGCACCCAAUGCAACAAGCUCAGCGUCGUCCGUUUCCGGCAUCGAGACGGAGGUCGAUCUACCGCUGGCUGCGGCGGCCGAACGGACGACACCCGUCAUCCAGGAGGGUGGCCGGUUCGACGACAACACGGAGAACGAUUUUACCGACUUUACCACCGCCUCGAACGAAAGGUCGUCGGUGGUGCUGGAGGUUCCUACCGCAAACGAUGUGUCGUUCGAGCUGGACGACUUCGCGCAGCUAGAGUCGACGCCGUCGGCGGAUAGUAACUUCGUGUCGCAGCAAAGCCGGGCGGAUUUUGCCACGUUCGAUGCGGACUUUAGCAAGUUCGAUUCGUUCCAGGCCUCGUUCCCGGCGACGAUCGAUGAUCCGGUGCCGGUAAAGACACCGGUCGAAGAAACGAAAUCCAUGCCGAUCAUGGAGCAGGCGGGCGUUAGGGCGAGCGAACUGGCCGAGGACGAUUUCGAUGACUUUCAGGAGUUUGCCACCUUUUCCGACCAGCCGGUGGUAGCGACAGUGUCGGCCCACUCGGGGGAGAAAUCUGAGCCUGAGCCUUACAGACCGGAAGCAGCUAGCAGCUUAGCGUCAUCUACUUCAACCGUUGAAAACGAAAGGAAAGAUGUUGACACACAGUUGGCUGCUGCGAUUAAUGCGGCUACGGUUGUGUCGGAGCACCAGCACGAGGACGACAAUGUUGGAGAUGAUGAUGAUGAUGAUGAUGAUUUUGGGGAGUUUAGUGAUUUUAAGCAACCGGAAGCGACUGUCAGCGCGCCAGCACUGUCGACCGCUACAUCCCUGCCCACCUUUUCCAUGGAAAGCGUACAGAAGCUGCUGGAAGCAAUGUUUCCUAGCGCGGUGCCAGAACCGGUUGGCACAGAUACGGGUCAGCAGGCGGUAGCAGCAAACCACAUUCCAACCAGCAAGCUGCACACCCAGCUACAGGACUUUGACAACACGAGCGCCCUUGCCUACCAGUACAGCAAGUCAUCCAGCAGCAAAACGCUCGUCACUGCGCUUGGCAUUGACUCGAGGAAUAUAAUGUACGGACCGAAGUGGAACAGUUCGAUGCCACGGUUUGCGGCCAAUCUAAGCUUCAACCCACUGGAACCGCUGAAACCGGCCACAGCGCCAGGAGCAGCAUCAGUAUCAGCGAAGGAAGCGGGCUCCUCCGAAAAGAGUGCCAACUGUCCCCCGGCCAGCAAACCGGCCGCUCCCAGCUCGCUGUCGAUUGCGCUCGAUCCGCUGCAGGUGGCCGCUGUUGGCAGUGCAUCGGUUCCGGCCGCACAGUUCGACUGGAAUAGCUCGGGCUUGGUGAAUCCACUAGAAGCAUCACAUGCACACAACACAUUAUUAUUGGACCUAGAACAGCUAGAGGUGAUGGCAAGUCUGAACGAUAAAAUAAAUGUUGAUUCCUCCUCCUACUUCCCCGCACUCCGGUCCACGCGUAACGUUGCCAAUACCGUGCAACACCAACAACAUUCGGCUACAACAACGGCCACAACUAUAACAACAUCAACAACACCUUUACUGUUACCUUCACCAACUGUUGUACCACAACCACAACCACCACCACCACGAACACCACCACCACUACCACCACAACCACCACUAUCAUCACCUUCACCAACAACAAAACAAUUGUCUUCACUGCUUCCGUUACCGCCAACAAUGCAUACGCAAACUUACCACCAACCGUACAACAAUAACCACAAAACCAACAAUGAUCUGCAACAUCAACAAACGACGAAACCCCGCUGCGCCAACUCGCGGGACACUGUUGGACCGGGCGGUGUUGGUAACCAAUCGUCGACAACAACCCAUUCGGCGGAUCGGUCCGCAACUUUGCUUUUCUUCGCCGGCUCGCCUAACGACGACGAUGACGGCGAUGACGAUCGCGAUCUGUUGAUAUCUGCCGUCGCUCCACUGAUCCCAUCGGCAACAACAACCACAACAACAACCGACACGGAUGCGUUCGAUGCGAUCUGUGCCGCGGGUCUGCCAUCGUGCUCGUCGGUCGCGAACGAUAUGCAACCGCUGAUCGGGUUUGAUGAUGAUGUUCGCUCUCGCGAUCGUCCCCAAACGUUUGACGAUUAUUUGGAUCUUAGUGUCCAGGAAAUGCUCCAAAAAGCCUCCACUGGUCAGCCCGAGGAUGGGCCAAAGGGCGAAGUUUUGGAUCCGCAAGUCGCAGAAAACGCAAGCCCGACUGCUACAAAUGACAUAGCAGUAAAGGGAUCGGCGCUCCCAUCCAACGCAGCAGCAUCACAUCCCGCAGAGUUUGAGGACGUUGGUUCGCUAGAUUUUAACCCGACCGGCAGUAGCAGUAGCAGUAGUACUAGCAAUGGUAGUAGUAAUAACAGUAGCAGCAAUGCCCAGUAUUCGGUCGCCUCGAUGCCUCAAGAGCAGCUUCCAGAGCAGAUAGAACCGGUGCAGACACACCCGUACGUCCCAGCCCAGCAGCAGCAGCAACAGCCACCUUUGUCAAUUUCAUCCUCCCCGAACAGUGUGCCUGUGGUGCGUACGAUAAAGCUUCCGGAAACACACAUCUUCACUCCCAGCCGGGGCGUGACGCCAAUCUCGCGCGACAUUACCGAUCGCGAUAUUGUGGUGCGCGAGUAUCACGACGUAGAGUACAGCCUGGAAAAGCCAACCGCAUCCUCGAUGGGAGGCAGCGGUAGUGGUAUGCGGAAAGAGUGCGAGUUUGAUGAGUUUAACGAUUUUCAAUCCGUACCGGUGGCGGUGCCAUCGGUGUUUCCGGAAACGGUUGCCAUAAGUACGAUCGGCACCGCCGCCCGGCCCGUGAUUGGUCGAUCACCGACCGAAGAGCUGGAACGGUACCGGCCCGACCCGAUCGGUCAGGCGAACAGUGGCAGCAGGACGACCGCCGACCUAACCAUCGACGAUGGCGAUGAGGAUGAUGAGUUUUCCGACUUUCAGGCGGCUGUACCACCGAUGGUGCCGACGGCGGCCCUGCCACCGGUCAACAAACCCAUCUCGAGCGUGCAGAGCAAUCGCUCCGUCACCAGCUCGCCGGUGAUGUUGCUCAGUCCCGCGAUAUUGCUGCCCCAGCAGGCCAAUACAACGAUGGAGAAGGAGUCGGCCAACGCGCGGCAAGCGGCGUCAAUCAAUUGGCCCGAUCCGGGCGUCGAUCCCGACGAGCUGGCCCGGUUUGAAGCUGCCUUUGCGAAACCGAACGCUUCGGUGGCCGUUGCCCCGCCUGCACCGACCGUAGCUAGUAGCAACCAAAGCGUGCCGAGCGGCCCGAAACCACCAGCAGCAGUCGAGGAAGACGAAUGGACUGACUUUAUAUCGUCGAAACCAGCAGCGGGCAGCGAUAUGAAGCAGCAGCAGGCGGCGAGUUUGCCUGCUGGUCCGGGCCCGGCAGUAGUUAGUGAUACACAAGCCACAACACAGGAGGAAUGGACCGAUUUCAUGUCCAGCUCUACGACAACGGCCGGUAGCGGCUACCCGCCGCAAAGUCGUCUCUCGUCUAGUCAGAAUAAUUUCAACUAUCCGCGCACUUCGCCCGCCGUCGUCGGUGGAGCUGCGACAAAGGGAGCGGGAUCAAACUCGUCCUCCUGGGCAAACCAACCGCAGCUGCCACCGCCGCAGUUCAGCUCAUGGAACAGCAACAGCCUGUACUACAACCCGAUGGCCUCGCUGCCACUGACCAAUCAGCAGCAAACGUCGCAGUAUCGCCUGCCGCCACAGCAGUACUACAACCGCACGGACAUGCCAGCCAUGGUUUACGCUGGUGGCGCUGGCUACAGCGGUUCACCGAAAGUGCCAACCAAUCCACAGCAGCAGCAUCACCACCACCACCAGCAACACUCCGGAAUGCCAACGACGAUGAUGAUGGGACAGCAGCAACAGCCGCCCAUGCAGCUGCUGCCCGAGCUAUCGUUCAUAACGCCAAACGCGACCGGGCACGGCAGCACAGGCACACCCGGCACCAAACCGGCGACACAUUCCUUUCUCAGCAACGUGAUAUCGAGCAACAGUUUUACGAAGAAAUGAUUGUUACUUAACCACAGUUACGAUGGUGAAGGUGGCAGGCACGCACGCCCCGACCACCCUCCGCCGCGUGGUCGCUUCCGGUUGCAUCCCGGCAGCAAUCGUGCGGUCGCCGAUCCGACCGGGGCAACAGUAACUGUGGGCGAUAUAAUUAUGUAAGUGUAUAUAUUUAAGACGAGUAUAGAGAGAGAGAGAGAGAGAAGGAGAGAGAACCGUAUCGAUCUCUAGUUUCUGAUCCAAGGCAGAAUGUGUGUAGCAUGCAUCCCCAAAUGUGGCUCCCCGCUUGAUACGUCACGGAACCGAGUUCAUUCGUUGGUUGUUUUUUUUAGCUAGGGAGAAUAUUUAUCGCAUACCUCUCAAUGUGCGUGUGUGUACACUUGAUAUAUAGAGCAAAAUUGAAGGGCGUAGCAUACAUUCGAUGUAAUGCAGCUGUUGUCAUCGUAUUAACCAAAAAAAAACAAAAAACAAAUCGCAAGAGAAAAGAGCAGAAGAAGUAAGAACAUUUAAACGCAAGUUCACUAAUUGUAGAGCGCAGUAUAGGUAAAAUUGGCUUACAAUCGAAAGGAAUCGAUUUCCUGUAUCGUAGCAAAAAAAGGAAAGAGAGUGGAAAAUGAUAAGCAUAUAGUUUUCCAGUCGACGUAAACGUAUCGUAUCGACGGCAUCGUACUUACACACACCCACACUGGCUGUACUUUAAAGGCAGCAGUACCCGUUUGUUGACUCCUUUUAGGACCCCCUACUACCGUUGUAGGUUGUACGUUUUUUUUAAUUAUUAUUUAUAUUUUUUAUUUCAAUCUCUUAACGUUCGUUCAUUUCGCUACUAGCAGCAGGCCCUACCUAGAAAAGGUUGACCGUCAAGGCAGAUGCAAAACCACCAGUAUCCAUCCCCUAACCGCCGUAUUCAGUUCGAUUAUCAAUCGAACGUAGCGAACGCAUCACAUGUUUGAUAGUUUGUAUCGGAUCUGAUAGUUAUUGAUUGGUCGACCGGCAAAAAUAAAUAAGGUUGUUAAUGCAGGCCACAGGUGCGCCAAGGAUAUUAUCGAAAGCGCGACAGAGACACAGAUGAAGAUGAAUAAAUAUCUAUAUAAAGAAAUGGCAAACCUC